AUGAUCUGCUCCAGCUGUCGACGAGCAUUUUGGUUGCGAGUUGGUACAUUGCGGAAGCAAAUUGCCGUUCCUUUAUCAUCCUCCAGCGUUAGACAUUACGCAGCUGCGGUGCCAGCAACACCGAAUGCGGCAUCUUCUCAACCAGCGUCCCCGGCGGAGCAGCCAGGCUCGCAAUCAAAUGCAGCACAAUCCCAGCCGCUUUCCGACCCUUCCAAGGCCUCGAGUGUCUCAGCAAUGCCCGAUGCGCCAACCAAGAAGAUUCGCGCGCCCAAAAAUUUGAAGAGCUCGGUAGCAGCAGGCACGGAAUUGAAGGGACUUGGCUUCACGAAAGCCAAACCGGUGAUCAAAGCGAUGGAGGACCACGAGUAUCCUGACUGGCUAUGGACGCUGCUGGACGGGAACAGCAAGGCCGGCGAGCCCUCCGUUGACCUAGCCGCGAUGACUAAGAAACAACGACUCCGCUACGACAAGGCGCAGGAGCGCCUACGAAACAACAUCCCCGUCGAAAUCCCUUUGCACGAACAGAGUAAAGAUCUCACUGGACCGAGCGACGAUGCCAUCACGAGUCUUCAGCGCCGACAGGAGGUCACUAAGAGCGCACGUGUUGCCAAUAGAAAGAAUAUCCGCGAGACCAAUUUCUUAAAGAGCAUGUAA